AUGGUCGCGGUGCAGAUGUCCCCCAACUCGUCUCCGUUGGCGGAGUGGAUCUGCUGUCUGGAUAAACGGCCCUCUGAGCGCUCCGGAGAGGAUGUGGAUAUCAUCCUGACCAGAUUGAGAGAAGUCAAAGCCUUCCACCGAUUCCCACCUCCGCUCCUACUGCAGAUCUGUGCCGGUGCCUUUUAUGAAUGCCUGGACAAAGGCAUCACGUUGUUCCGACAGGGCGACAUCGGCACCAGCUGGUAUGCGGUCCUGUCCGGUUCUCUGGAUGUCAAAGUGUCAGAAACUGCCAACCACCAGGAUGCAGUCACUAUCUGUUCCCUUGGGAUUGGGACGGCAUUCGGGGAGUCCAUCCUGGACAACACGCCACGCCACGCUACAAUCGUCAGCAGAGAGACCAGCGAGCUGCUCCGUAUCGAACAGAGGGAAUUCAAGAGCCUCUGGGAGAAGUAUCGUCAGAGCUUGGCUGGACUGUUGGCCCCUCCUUAUGGAGCUAUGGAGAGUGGAUCCAACAAUGACAGACUCACCGACAAAGACAACAUGAACUCAGACUCCGCAAACAAAGCUCACAACAAGAUCCCCUCAGAGAAGCUGCAGAGAGCCGGGAAGGUUCUCCGGAACGCCAUCCUGUCCCGAGCCCCACACAUGAUUCGAGACAGGAAGUACCACCUCAAGACAUACAGACAAUGCUGUGUCGGCACCGAGCUGGUGGAUUGGCUGGUGCUGCAGAGUGCCUGUGUUCUCACACGGUCCCAUGCUGUUGGCAUGUGGCAGGCGCUACUAGAAGAAGGGGUGCUCAACCACGUGGACCAGGAGCUGGGCUUCCAGGACAAGUAUUUGUUCUACCGAUUUCUUGACGAUGAGGAGGAGGACACACCAUUGCCUAGUGAGGAGGAGAAGAGGGAGAGCGAGGAAGAACUGCCAGAGACCAUCCUCCUCCUCGCUCAGAUUGGCCCUGACGCGCUGCUGCGCAUGAUCCUCAGGAAAUCGCCUGGUCAGAGGACAGGGGAUGACCUAGAGAUCAUCUACGAUGAGCUGCUUCACAUCAAAGCCUUGACUCACCUCUCCAACACAGUGAAGAGGGAACUGGCGAGCGUCGUGAUCUUCGAGUCGCAUGCAAAAGCUGGAACCGUGUUGUUCAACCAAGGAGAGGAGGGCACGUCAUGGUACAUCAUCCAGAAGGGCUCUGUCAAUGUGGUUAUUUAUGGCAAGGGCGUGGUGUGUACGCUCCACGAGGGUGAUGACUUUGGGAAGUUGGCCCUGGUUACAGAUUCACCUCGUGCCGCCUCCAUCGUGCUGAGAGAGGACAACUGUCACUUCCUUCGUGUGGACAAGGAAGACUUCAACAGGAUCCUCAGGGACGUGGAAGCCAACACAGUGAGGUUGAAAGAGCAUGAACAGGCGGUGCUGGUGUUAGAAAAGAGUCCUCGGGCCUCCGCCUUGGGGAGCAUCAAGUACACUGUGAUAUCCGGAACACCGGAGAAGAUUCUCGAGCACUUCCUGGAGGCCAUGAGGAUGGACAUACAUCACGGUGAACCAGACCCAGCAGUGGACGAUUUCGUCCUCAUGCACGGUAUCUUCAUGCCCAACAGCCGGCUGUGCCCUCUACUCAUGGCACACUACCAUGCGACAUCUCCGCCCGGUUCUGAACAAGAGAGGAUGGAGUACGCGCUCAACAGCAAGAGGAGGGCCCUCAUUCUGACCCUGCGCUGGGCUAGCACACACACAUACCUGCUCCAGGAGGAGCCUGCUGCCAUCUCUUUCCUUGAGGAGUUGUAUGGGAGUUUAUCGAAUGAUUCUCGGAUUUUGAGAGCUUUGAAAGAGUUGGUUCCUGACCUUGAGAAAGUCGUCAAAUUACAUUCGGAAGAAGCAAAAUCUUUAAAAAAGAAAACUCUAAUACGACAAUUCAGCAAUGGGGAGGAAAGGCUGCAGAAGAAGCAGCCCAUUAGGAAUCACGAUGACAUCCUGUUGAAGGUGUACUGUGGGGAUCACACAUACACCACUAUCCGGGUUUCCGUGGUAGCGACUGGAAGAGAAGUGAUCAGUGCCGUGGCCGACAAACUGGGCACCACUGAUGAGCUUGUGUUGGUCCACCUCAGCUCUGCAUGCGAAAAACAAAUCCUGAAGCCCAAUGACGUUUCAGUGUUUUCUACCCUGAGCACCAACGGCCGAUUGUUUGCCUGUCCUCGGGACCAGCUCAGCAGUCUGACUCCUCUUCCAGAACAGGAAGGUCCGUCUGCAGGCUCCAUGUCAACGUUUGAGCUGAUGAGCUCCAAGGACCUGGCUUACCAAAUGACCUUGUACGACUGGGAGCUCUUCAGCUGUGUGCAUGAGCAUGAGCUGCUCUACCACACGUUUGGCCGGCAGAGCUUCAGGAGAACAACGGCUAAUCUGGACCUGUUUCUGCGGAGGUUCAACCACGUUCAGCUGUGGGUGGUCACCGAGGUGUGCCUCUGCUCACAGCUCAGCAAGAGAGUCCAGCUCCUCAAGAAGUUCAUCAAGAUAGCAGCACACUGUCGGGAGUUUAAGAACCUCAAUUCAUUCUUUGCCAUCAUCAUGGGGAUGAGCAACCCUGCUGUCAGCAGAUUGAGCCAGACGUGGGAGAAACUCCCCACCAAGUUUAAGAAGUUCUAUGCCGAGUUUGAGAGUAUGAUGGACCCAUCGAGGAACCACCGCUCCUACCGACUCACCGUCACCAAACUGGAAGCACCAAUCAUCCCCUUCAUGCCCCUCCUUCUCAAAGACAUGACAUUCACACAUGAGGGCAACAAGACCUUCAUUGACAACAUGGUCAAUUUUGAGAAAAUGCGUAUUAUAGCUAACACAAUUCGGCAAGUGCGGCACUGUAGAAGCCAACCGUUCAAUCCUGAGAUAUGCCAACCGAACAAAAACCAAGCCGACGUACGGAGUUACGUGAGGAAGCUCUGCGUGAUCGACAACCAGAGGGCCCUGACGCAGCUCUCCUACAGGAUGGAGCCUCGGCGGACAUGAGCUCCACCUCCUCCACCAUCACCGCCUUCUCUGUGACGUUAGCAUAACAAACCCCCGACACGCACAUGACCUGGAUACAAUAACACACCUGGCCGUUCAGUAGCAAAUCAGUCGAUGACUUUCGCACCGCCGUGGGCUGUGAUGGACCAAGGACUCAGUGCUGUGCCGUUAAACGCCUCUUCUUCCUGGACAGGCGGAACCUGUUCAGCUGCUCUCUUGUCUCCGUGUCUCUGAGGGUUUUAAGCGUAGUAGUUGUUACUGUUUGGGACCUGUUGGAUAGAACUGUAAUGUAUAGAACUUGAAUCGAUACCCUGCAUGACUGAACUUCAUAGGCUUUGCGUUCUAUACAGUGUAUUUCUAUCGGAGAGUCUUGUUAUGUUGUGCUACCCCAAAUGAGCCCCAGUUUACAAUAUAUGACUGUACCUGCCUGUAAAGCAAAGCUCCCUCUCCUGAUGGGCCACCCAUAGACCGAAAACACAGAAAACCCCAUAAAACAGACUCUGCAUUUCAUUUCCUGUUAGAUAUGAAAUCUGAAACUACUUAAGUAUUACUCCAUGAACUAAGUGAUUAUAUACAAGUUUUGAAAAUCUUUGGGACUUGAUGUCCUUUCAGUAAAUAUCAGUGUCCCUUAACUAGUCGGCCGCAACUACUAAACAGAGUAUUAGUUUAAUUAAAACCCGAGUUGUAUUGCCAACAGUGUUCAAAUUCGUUACUACAGUAUCGCAUUUCCUUUUUUUAUCGGACAACAUGAAUUAUUCUAGUCGAUGAAGUUGGUCUGAUCUGUCCGAAGGUCAGUUGUAUAACCAAAUUGUAUUCCUUUCAUUUGAAAGCCAUGAUCCAAGAUGAGGAGUCUGAUAGGCAAUUUAUACUUUUGAGGGGAAAUGUUGUCUUCUCAGUCCGUGAAAUUGUUUUAUACAUGUGGGUGUAGAUUGUGAGCGUGUUCUUUAUUUUCCUUUUGAACUCCGGAGCUUCUGAUGUGAUGGUGUAUGUCCAGAACAGCCUGUAACUGUACUCGUGUGUGUGUGUGUGUGAUCUGCCGUGUAAAUAAAAAUAGCUAAUUUAACAGUG